AUGUCUCCCUCCUCUACUGCUACUCCAGAUGUGACCAACAGGAUAGACCGUCUAGAGUCCACGAUGAGCCGACUGGAGGGUAUGCUCUCUAUGUUCAUACAGGGCAGCAUACAGACAACGACGACAGGGCAAGGGGGGUUAGGCCCGGCGUCUUCAUCUAUUGUGGAGGAUCAUGAUGAUGCUAAGGAGCAGAUAAACCCUUCUGGGAAUACCCAGAAGAUAGCCAAGGUAGCCUCAGAGGCACAGCUUGAUACGUCGUCAGAAGCACCCGUCAUUGGUGUUGCCCCACCGACUGGUAGUCCGUCUCCUACGAAGAGGAGGGUAGCUGGUGAUGCAGAGGAGGAGGAGGAAGGGGGUCGGCAACCUAGGGCUAAACGGAAGCGAUCAGAAAAGGAAGUGGAUGCAACUAGAGCUGAGUAUUGUGAUGAUGAUGCCGCUGCAGUGCAACACCCCUUAGAUGAGGGACUGCCCACGGAGGUCUCGACACCGGUGAUCUCCGCUCAACACUGUGUAGAGGAGCAUGUGCCUGGCCGGACUCCCUUGAAAGUGCUGCGGCAGCGUGGAGGCAUGUACGACGAAGCUGUCGGACGUCAAGGAGGAAGGAGGAGUUGA